UCAGGGUGGCCAAAUGCCAGAUGCUGGUCACCAGCUUCUUUGUCCUGGUAACGGGCAGCCUUCUUCACGGGGAUCAGCCUGGCCGGGCUCCUCGCCCUGGGGGCCGUGCUGAGUGCCGCGGCCGCCGUGCGGGAGGCCCGACGCCUCAUGGCCGGGGGCUUCCUGUGCUUCGCGCUGGCGUUCUGCGUCCUGGCGCAGGUGGCCUUCUGGAGACUCCGCAGCCCCACCCAGGUGGAGGACGCCGCGUUGGACACCUACGACCUGGCCUACGACCGGGCGUUGAGGAGCCCGCCUGGCGUCUGGCGACAGGAGCUGCAGGCCAUCCAGGACACGUUCCUGUGCUGCGGGAAGAGCUCGCCUUCCGGCCUGCUGGGCGGCGCGGAGGCCGCCCCGUGUCUGGGAGCCAAGGGUGUCUCGCAGGACUGCCUGCAGGGCAUCCGGAGCCUCCUGAGGACACACGGACAGGUCGUCUCCAUCCUGGCCAGCGUGGGCCUCGCCUCCAUGGUGUACGCAAUGCUGCUCAGCUCCUUCCUGUGGUUUGCCAUCUGCUCCGGCCGCAGCCUGGACCGCAGAGGGACCUAUGCCCUGAGCCCCCGAGCCCGCGGCCGGCAGACCCGGGAGCCCAGCCUCUUCAGACGCUCCGAGGAGGGGCCCGCCUCCGCCCUGCAUCAGCUGGACGACCUGGGCCCUGGCGGACGCUUGGGGAGCCCCCGGCUGCUCCAGGACCACUGACGCUCUGUGCCGACCCCCUGCCCGCCACCUGUCUGCCCACGGGGGCAUGGACGCCCCCGCCUCCGCCCCGUGCCCCUCUGGGGAACGAGCCCGGUCCUCCGCAUCGUGCUGGGGUGGGGGAGGGGAGCCCGGCCAGAGGAGCGGCCCCCUGUGCGCCGACGGGGCCGGGGUCCCCCACAGGCUCCCCCGAACAGGCUGGGAGCUGGUCUGGAGCAGGGGAGCCUGGCGGGCUCUGCAGGGAGGCGCAGGCCCCACAGGGCCAUCCGGGGCCACUCUCUGCUGUGGGACCACAACGCCCCUCUCGCCUGCCUCCCCAACCCCCGCCACCACCUCCAAGGCAGCGACGGUGUGGGGAGUCCUGUGCAGGGAACUUCUCCGACUUCCCUUCUCCACGGGCUGGACAGGGUGCUCGACCCUCGAGGCUGCCCAGGGGACCCCCCGUCUGGAGGCGACAUCUCAUCGCAUGUCCAGGGGUGCCCUGUGCACCAGCCCCACCGGGCAGCCACAGCGCCUGUCUGGGGAAUCGAGACUGUCCCCGGUGGGGUCAGGGGCUGCAUCCUGUGCUCAGACCCCACAGCCCCAAGGCAGACGGCGGUGCGCCCUGCCCCGGCGAGGCCACAGCCCAGCACGGCCGGCGAAGGGGAGAGGGUGGCGGGGCCCGCGCAGCUAGCUCCACAGAGGGGCACCAGGCCUGGCCCACCAAGGCCAACCAAGGGGGACCUCCCUCCGGGGAUGUGCAGCCAGGGAAGGGACAGGCACCCGUGUGGUCCCCCACUGUGUCCCAGGACCGCCCCCCAGAGCACAGGUGCGCCCGCCUGCACUGCACGCAGCUGUCCGCCCGCCCUGUGGUUCUGUCCUGGUCAUCUCCCUGUCCUUCUCCCUGUCCUGUGCCCCACGAGAUAAGUUGUGAACAGGCGCCAGCACGGCAGUGGGGGCAGGGGCGGGGGAAGAGGAGCGACGUGAGUGAAAUUCUGCGAGACGGAGAGGCCAAGCAGGAGGAGAAAUUCUGCCGGAAGCCACAGACUGCUCCCCGGCCGCUGGCCCGAGACCGGUGCCCGCGGGGAGCCUUCUCUUCCUCCUCCUCCUCCUCCUCCUCCUCCGCGCCAGCUGCACGCCCCCAGCCUGCCUGAGCCCCGAUCCUGGGGAGGGGCCCGCUCCUCCUGUUGGGGGGCCGAGGAAGGAAGACUCACGCCGUGGCCCUGGUCUUCCACCGGAGUUCACGACCGGACAGGGCAGGGCGAGGAAAGGCCUCGGGGACCCCCAAUCCCACUCAGUGGUGACACCCCAUUUCCUCUGGAUUGGACCGCCCCCGCCGCCACUGUGACCACUGAUGGUCGCUUAGCCCCGUGGCCCCGGAGCUCUAAGUGGGCCGCGUGGCGCCCGCAGGUGCCCACACGAGGACACCGGGACUGCGUUCUCCGGUCAGAGCGUUCCUCUGGUGGUGACCGGGCUCUCCCCGCCGGGGGACGGAGGGCCGGCGGGGCGCACGUGUGGGAGUGGCUCAUGUGCUGUGAUCUCCCAAGACAUGCGGCCCCUCCCACCCCUGUGCACUCUGGGGGCGGGUGGUGGGGGUGAUGGCACCGUUGCCUGGUUACGGGGGCCACAUCCUGCAGGGCCCCCCAGUCCAGACGGCGCCCGAGGUCGGGGAGGCCGUUUGGAUCUCACAGAGGUCGGGUGGGGACAUUCGUGAACGGAGAAGAAGCAGCUUCCCCGCAUGGGGGGCAGCUGACACCCCCCGACGUCCCCGUCAGGGAAGUCGUCGGCGAGCACGAAAGGUGUCUCUUACUUCACGGGAAAAACCAAAUGGCCUUUUUGGCCAACCCAAUUUAAGACACACACACACACACACACAGACAAAAAGCAGAGACAGCCCCAGCUGCUGUGGCUCGGUGGCCUGUGAACCGGGGGGGGUCACCGGCUCGAUUCCCAGUCAGGACACACGCCUGGGCUGCAGGGUGGGUCCUCGGUGAGGGGCUGGGGGCGGGGUGCGUGC